AUGAAAAAUGCAACCGUGGCUUCUAACUGCUUCUGGGAUGGCCUUCAGUGGAAAUGGACACUCAGUUGGGCUAGACCACUUCGUGUUAGAGACAAUCAAGAUUUACACAACCUGUUGCAACUCCUCAGUGGGGUUAGCUUAUCCCCAGGAGACCUUGACACUUUCAUAUGGGCACCAAGCAAAAAGGGGUGCUUCUCAGUUAAAUCAUUCAGCUUUGAACUCGCUAAAAGUGAGCCAAACUUCCCUCACAAGAAUUUCACGGGGAUCUGGAAGGGCCUAGUGCCAUAUCGGGUUGAAAUCUUCGUUUGGCUCACCCUCCAAGGAAAGCUCAACACCAAGGACAAACUUUGCCACCUUGGUAUUAUAGGCCCAACAACAUCUGCGUGCAGUUUAUGCAACUCAACCCUUGAAUCAUGUCAGCACCUGUUUUUGCACUGCUCAAUAGCUCGAGACAUAUGGUGUUGGUGGCUUAAUAUAUGGCACCUACACUGGUGCAUGCCCCCCUCCGUUCAGGAAGCUUAUAACCAAUGGGCUCACCCAAAAUGCGGGGCAUUCUUUAAGAAGGGAUGGGGGGAUGAGUUUCCAUACAGCUUGACUGAUAUAAUCAGAGAACCGAAGUGCCUCAACUGGGAACCCCAACGAUCAGGAUUACACACUCAACUUAUAGCAGCGCCAAAGCAAUUAUGGCUCCCUCCUCCCCCCUACUCAUUCAAAUGGAAUGUGGACGCCUCCUUGAAACCUAAUGAAUCCAAAUCAGCAAUUGGUGGUGUUUUGAGGAAUCACCAUGGAGAGUUUAAGUGCCUCUUCUCAAGCCCAAUACCAUUCAUGGAGACCAAUCAUGCGGAAACGUUUGCCAUUUAUAGAGCCGUUAAAAUAUCAUUGGGCCUUGAGAUGGUGAAGCACAGAAAACUCAUAGUAGAAUCUGAUUCGGCGAACGCGGUACUUUGGUGCAAUGGUAGGAGCAAGGGGCCAUGGAACCUUAACUUCAUCAUCAAUUUCAUACGUUGCUCAAUGAAGAAUGGGAAUGGGGUAGAGAUAGUCUAUAAAAGUAGAGAGUCAAAUAUGGUGGCUGAUUCAAUGGCUAAACGAGGCCUCACAAGGAGUGAUGAAUUCAUAGCAUGGAUGUAA